UAGGAAGCUUAACACAUUUGCUUCCCAAGCGUUAAGCUCUCUUCAAUUCCAACUUUCAUCAUGACGAUAGUAGAGAUCAGCGUGAAUAUAGACUGCGAAGGUUGUGAACGCAAGAUAAAGAAGGCCCUUCAAAAGCUACCUGGAGUUGAUGAUGUCGACAUAGACAUGAGAAUGCAGAAGGUAACUGUGAUGGGAUGGGCAGAUCAAAACAAGGUUCUGAAGGCUGUGAGGAAGACUGGCAAGAAGGCAGAGCUGUGGCCAUAUCCAUAUGAACCAGAGUAUCACGGCUUCGUCCGCCAUUACUGCAACAAUAAUAACAACUACAGCUAUGAAUAUGACAAUGAUGAUGACGAUAAUGGAAGAAGAAGACGAAGAAGAAGAUCUGUUUCCAACUAUUAUUCUUCGUCUUCUUCUUACAACUAUUACAAGCAUGGGUAUAAUAAUGGAGACGACUUUGGGUACUACCAGAAGCCAAUUGGUUCAAUGGUGGUCAGUGAAAAGGCCAUGUCUGUGUUCAGUGAUGAAAACCCUCAUGCUUGUGCUAUAAUGUGACAUGUAUAUAUAUUCAGUUUCAUGAUGUGUUCUUUUUUUCCCCCCUUUUUUCGAAGAAUAAAUUAGGGUUUGCUUUUGUGUGUGAAAUGUAAAUAGAACCAUUUGGGAAGCAUCCAUGGAGCGGGAACAAGGUAAGCUAUAUAUAAUGCCAAUAGAUGUAGCGGAUUGCGUACGUUUAUGGUGGAUGUUUGAUUAAAUUCAUGUGUUAUUUGAUUGUUAAAAUGGUCAAUCUUGCAAGGAAAGCUUGUAAACACUAUACAAGUAAAGGUUAAAAAAACAAGCU